AUGAAAUUUUUUAUCUUCUUUGCCCUCGUCAGCUUUGUCGCCCCAGGAUAUUAUGAAUGCGAUUGGGUUCCGAACAUCGGUUGUGGCGGAACGCAUCAUGUCUGCAAGUUGCGAGCAAUUGUAGGAUGGGGUGCACAUAAUCCCAAAGAAGCUGCUAUUACAGUCCAAAAUCUGCAGAAAAUACUCAAACUGUUCGGAGAACGAAUCGUCGGAAACCCCAAGUUUGGAGAAGACUGCCCAUUGAUUCAAGGAAAAAACCUGUGCUGCAAAAUUACCAUAUUAAUGACUGUUCGAAUAAAAGUGCUUUUCAUGUACUAUACAGUGUAUUAUACAGCAACAGUAGUGACAAAGUCGUUGGCGGGAGAGAGAAAGAGUCCCAAUGAGUACGUUUACCUUUAG